GCCGCCUGGCGAGCCAUGCUGACGUCGGUGGCAGCCGAUCUACUUUCCAAUGCGCACUCCUUUGUGAUCAUUACCUGCAAUCAUUCAGGGGGCGACCUGUACCGAUACUCCACGUCUUGCAAGGCCUACUCUGCAGAAUUUUUCCUGCGCUGCACCUACUCUUCCGCUAAUUUCGAGACUGGCAAUGAUUUUAUCGAUACCGUGUACGGUUGGCUCAACUAUCAGGUUGAGCACCACAUGUUCCCGGACAUGACCCCGCUGCAGUACCGCAAGCUGCAGCCACUUGUGCAGAGUAUAUGCAAGAAGCACAACUUGCAGUAUGUCCAGAUGAAUGCCUUGCGUCGAACGUGGAUGAUGUUCCAGGUUGCAGUUGGCGAUGCCAAGAUGAAGCGCUGCACAGCCUUGGUUCCGCCACAGGCUGACGGGAAGACGUUGGAGUCUGCUGAUGCCACGGAUGACAUCAGCUCUGAGCACUGA